AUGGCGGGUCGAACUCCAGUAUACAGCACGCUCCUCGUGGUCCUAGCAUUUGCUCCUCAGCCUGGCCUCACGGCUCAUGUUCCACAGAUCAUCAGUCCCGGAUGGGGCUCACUUUCCUUCUCCGAAAUGUUUCUCCAGGCCUUCCAAAGUAUACUCGAUCUCGGCUUCGUCCAGGGAGUUGUCUCUGGGUUGCUGAUACUUGGAUGCUUGACGUGCUUGCUGAUAUGCGUCCUGUGUGCCCUGGCGGCGUACUUUGACCGAGUCGACAAGGGCCGCUGGGACAAAGACCUCGAACUGAACGAGGACUAUGUAUCCUCAUCACCACCACACACGAAACGCCAUUCCAACCGCACCAGCAGGUCCAUUCGUCGAGGUCGAAAAUCCCACUACCUUAGUCGGCCACCGGUCGUCACAAAGAUCAGUGUCGUCGCUUCACCAUUCUCAUGUCAAUCUGAAUUAUCUUCGUCAUCGUCACCUCCUUCUCCUCCCAGAUACCACUCGCAAGAUGUCCGCACCUCCACUUCUCCCCCGACCACGCCUCUACGCUCGGCCCUCUCGAAUUCUCCACCACCUACAUGCCAAAGACGUUCUCUCGUCCUUGGAGUGAAGAGAACACCUUCGUCAGGCAGCCCCAAGUCGGUCAGAUGGGCCGACGAGCUCGGUGUCGCCGUCCUGGCAACAGUUCAAGUCACGAGCAGCAGAGAAGGGCCGGACUGGGAGAUCGAUAUAGGCAUGACGAGACCUCAGUCUGCGUCUGCAACCGAAGAAAAUUCUCCACUCAGCGGCAUAUCGACAGGCUCUCCUCCUAUCUAUACCGGCAUGGCGAGUGACUUGGCGAAGUCAUAA